CUCAACUUGGUCCGAUUUACAAGACACCUUGCAACCACAGCGAGUGCUGUCUUCUCCUGAGGUGACAGUGCCACUCCCAUCUGUUUUGAUUUGUCCAUUUUACACAACCCCUCGCCUACUUGGGUUCCAUUUCCGUUCGAAAUGUUUGUUCGUCACUGAUCCAAAGCCACGUUUCCCCUUCCUGUGAUACCCACCCCGAAGCAUCUCCCUCCUUAUCAGCAACAUCCCGAUCGUGCCUCCGUAUCACUCCACUCUUCGACACCAUGGCGACCAAAUUUAACACCAAAUCGCCCACGAUGAAGCGUAUUAUGCGCGAGGCCCAGGAGAUGUCCAAGUCGCCCUCGCCAGACUACACCGCGGCGCCGCUGGAGACGGACCUCUUCGAGUGGCACUUCACCCUCCGCGGGCCGCCCGGGUCCGCGUACGCCGAGGGCCUCUACCACGGCCGCAUAGUCCUCCCGCCGACGUACCCCCUGCGCCCGCCCUCCUUCCGCUUCCUCACGCCCUCGGGCCGCUUCGAGGCCAACCGCGAGAUCUGCCUCUCCAUAUCCGGCCACCACGAGGAGACCUGGCAGCCCGCGUGGGGCGUGCGCACCGCCCUCGUCGCCCUGCGCAGCUUCAUGGAGACCGACGCCAAGGGCCAGCUCGGCGGGCUCGACACCACCGACGCCGUGCGCGCGCGGCUCGCCGGCGAGAGUAGAGGGUGGCGGUGCGGCGCGUGCGGCGGCCGCACCAACGAGGAGAUCAUCAGGGAGUGCGAGGACGCCGCGAGGGCCGCCGAGGCCGAGGCGGGCGCCAGCGGCGGCGGGAGGGACGACGUCGAGGUGCCGCCGGAGCUGAGCAUGGGCUUCAAGGACGAGAUGGAGAAGAAGGCUGCUGCUGCGGCGGCGGCGGCGGCGGCUGCCGGGACGGCCGUGGAGGAGGACGCCGAGGCCGCGGAGCUGGCGGAGGGCUUCGUGCAGACGGUGCCGCGGGCACAGCUGGGCGAGGGCGGCGCGGCCUCGUCCGCGGCCGCCGGGCUGGCGCGGCCGGGCCAGUCGGUGCCCCAGCCCACGAGGACCCUCCCGCUGCCGAACGCGGCGCACAACAACACCGCCGUGCCGGCCCAGCAGGCGCAGCUGCUGCAGCAGCAGCAGCACACGCUCAACGACAGGGGGGUGCCGAAGUGGAUCGAUAGGGUCAUCGCUGCGCUUGUGGUCUGUCUGGUGGGCAUGAUAUUGAAAGUCAUCGCGGGGCGGUAGCAGGAUUUAUGCAUUUUGCGUUUUGGGUCUGGUAGGCUACGGAGUAAGGCGUUCCUGUGUGUGGUUACGUUCCCCCUUUUGGGUUGGAGGCAGACUGGUACUUAGUUAGAUGCUCCAAAACAAGAGCAAUGGAGUGGUACAAGUCCAUGGUCGACUAGAGUUGGAUAAUGGAGGGCAGCUAUAUACCGAUAAUUAUCGCUGUGCUGAGCAUCGCCACGGGCAUGUUGGAAGUAAAACAACAAUACAGACAUGACACUUGCUAAUACUGUUUCCUCACUGGGCUGGCUCUCUGCGACUUUGAUAGACCACGUCCUGACCAGGGGCAGUUGCACAAGACAGCUCGCAAGACCAAGCAUGUGGUGGGCUCUAAAUCAGUUUCCAAAGCAAGCGACACC